AUGGCGGCGUGGAGCUUUAUGAUAUGUUUCGUCUUUGUUGCUUUAAGUCUUAAAGUACUCCUUAGUUAUUCCAUUAUUAAAAGUCACAGUCGCAGCCCGGACUUUUGGGUUUAUUGUGGUAUUGACGGAUGCGAACAAGACUUUAGAGUUUUCAACUCUUUCUUUCGCCACAUUAAGCGGACGCAUUUUCAUUAUUUGAGGACUGGAUGCCCACCAAGUGGAUGGAGUACGACGCCUUCUUCUUGGUCUUUGGGACAGGAAACAUUUGCUGUUUCAGUGUUUGCCAGCUGUAGCACUCCUGCAGCGGACAGCACUGUGGCUGUCCCACCUGAUCCCUUUCUACCUGAACCGUCACCGCAGCCUGACGCUGACUUCUGCCUUGAGUCUAUAGAGCUGCUCAGGUCCCAGACCAGUGAAGCGAAUAGCACUGUCAACCGUGUCAUCUCAGGGGUGCAACAGUACCAAACUGCUCUCGUUGACAUGCUAAGGGAGAGAAUCAGAAGGGUGUUUGAAGAGAAUCCAGACAAAAAUGCUCAGCUCCAAGGUGAGGCUUUGGCAACGUUUGAUGCGUUCUUGGAUCCUUUUUCAACCACAGCAUAUGGACAGAAUAAAACCAUCCGGGAACUAUUCAAUCCAGUCAACCCAGAGGAAGUUGUGGUGUCCCAGAAGAUUUGUUGGGUAAAACGUGGUCUUUCAAGAGUCAUGACCUUAAGAGGCAAAAGUUUUUACUAUUUACCACUCAUUCAAAGUCUCAAGCAGUUACUGACCAAUCCCAGAAUCUUCACCAUGUUAACCACUGUACCACAAAGAAGUGAGGGAUUUUUCUAUGAUUUUACUGAUGGAGCUCUUUUUACAUCCCAUCCGUUAUAUUCUCAAAGGCCAAAUGCAUUGCAAAUACUAUUGUACACCGAUUAA